CGAACAAGCAAGCACCGAUCCCAGCGUGCACCGCACGGGCAAUGCUCUCGGCGCCUCGAAGCACUGCACGCUGGGAGUUGUAGUCCUCGGGAGCCGCAGUCCCUCCUCUCACCCAAGCUCUCGGCCUGGAGUCACCUUUCGCUCCCCUCGCCCCGGGGCGCGGUGACUAAGUUUGGCCCCUGCUCCUUCCCCCCGCCCCGCCCGGUCAUGCGAAGGCUGCUAUCGACUCUCCGACUCCAUCACGCCCGGCUAUUCGCGGCGGCAGCCGAGCUCCCCGCCCCGGGACAUAGGGCACCACCGCCUGGCUGGGGGGAGCGGCGGGCAACGGCGGCCGCCUGGGCGCUGGGCUUGGGCCGCUCCAUGGCGCAGUGCGGGGACGUCGCAGCGCCCCCACCCACCCCGGAGGAGGCGCAGAGGUCGGGGGCAGCCGCCGGGCACCCUCCCCCCAGAGCCGGCGAGUCCCUGGAACACGAUGGGCUGGAAAAUGUGCAGGAAAAAAAAAUCAUUCGAAAGAAAAAGAAAAGAACAAAAAUAAGAACAGGGUCACAAACUCCUCCUGACUCUAUGGAUUAUUUGAUGGCAGAAAUACCAUUUGCCAGUACAGAUACUGGAGAUGAAUUUGGCACUACUAAUACGUUUGAAAUAUGUUUUAAAAAGAGGAGAAAAAGAACGACUAGAAGUAAGACUGAAGAUGACGAUCAAACAAAGAAGAAAAAGCAAGAUCAGCCAAACUAUUUCAUCUCUCUUCCAAUUACAAACCCAAAGAUUACAAGAGGUAUUCAGGCUGUCCAAGACAUAGUAGUACAAAAGGAUCACAGGCUUUCCCAAGCAAUGGUUCGUUAUGGCUCCUUACAUGUCACCCUGUUAGUGAUGCAUUUAUCCAGUGAAGAAGAGGUUGGCACAGCAGUUGGUGCUCUUUUAAAAAGCAAAGAUGCAGUAGAAGAACUCCUACAAGGAAAACAUUUGGAUUUAUCAUUUCAAGGAAUUGAUGAUUUUAGAAAUGAAGUUGUAUUUGUGAAGUUUGCAGCGAGUGACCAUAUAGCCGCACUUACGGAGAUAUCAGAGACCAUGCAGAAGAUAUUUCAAGAAAAGGGCAUCUUGGCAGGAGAAAACAGAACUUUUAAACCUCACUUGACCUUCAUGAAGCUGUCAAAAUCACCAGGGCUACGUAAGCAGGUGAGAAAAAUUGACCCGCACCUGUAUGAGAAUUUUAAAAGCCACUAUUUUGGAGAUGAAACCCUGUACCGCCUAGAUCUUUGCUCCAUGUUGAAAAAAAAGCAACCCAAUGGCUACUAUCACUGUGAGUCCUCUAUCAUGAUUGGUGCACACACAGAGGACGAAGAAGAAAAUAAAGCAGUAGGUGUCAUGGGCCAGCUCUGCUGCUUUCCUUUCUCAAGAAACGAGGAAAAAAUCAGGAAGAGCCAUGAAUCAGACUUAAUAAAGAAAGCCUUACACAGAGAAUCGCUGGCCCUGUUCUCAAAACUGAAUAAGAUAAAGGAGCUCUUAUCAAACCCUGAGACCCGGAUGAAAAUUAACAGGGAACUGUUUCAAGACAGACAAACAGCAGUCAUUAAAAAGUCAUGUUGACUCCAACUCUCCAGCUAUGGUAAAUAGUGAUGGUGUAAAGAUCUCAUAUGGCUGUUUUAUGAUGAAAAAAUAUUGUUUUUACAAAUUUUCCAUCUGUGUUUUUUUUUUUUUAAAACACUACAGCCAAUAUAAAUGAAAGCCAAUAUAGUGUGUGGUAUUGUGUUAAAAUACAUGCACAGAAAAGAACAGACUGUUUACUGAUGAGUUACAGUAGCUCUCUAGAUCAUUUUUUGGAUGGAUGGAUGAAUGGAAGGAAAAAGUUAAGGAUGCAGGUCUCUGUCAUGAUUAUGCCACAGAAACACUAAUUUCUGAUCAAACACUGUGGCCAUUCUAGAACACAUACUCUCAAAGUGAUUUUUAAAAUGUAUAGCUGAAGACGACAUUUUUAAUGAUUAGUCUUUUCUGUAUAUGCUGGUGUUUUGGGUUGGCACUGAUUCUUGUUUGUUUGUUGAUCAGCACUUGAAUACACAUGCUGAAAUGUUUUUUCUGCUAUUGUUUACAUGCAAGCAAGAAUGUUUUAAUCUCUCAAGGUAAAGUCCUGGCUCCACUGAGGUCAUUGGCAAAAUUUCCAUCCACUUCAGUGGAGCCAGGAUUUCACCCUCAUUAUUUAUUGUUCAAAUCAUCAUUGUUCAGAAUAAUUUGCCUUGUCACUUCUAUGGAAACAAGAUACUUGUUUUUAUUUCUGUUAUUUCCUCCAUCUCUUUGCCCUCUGCUAUGUGAAAAGGCAUCUGAACCUAUAUUUCACGUGCACUCAACAUAUCUACUGAGUUCAGUGGAAGUAUUGGGUGCACACACACAAAAAUGCAGAAUUGGGCCCAAUAUUAGCACUUUUAAAGCAUUUGUGGAAACUACCUACAAUUGUAAAAUCAUCUAGUUAAUGAUACAUUCUGUGAUCAAUAUCAGAUUUGUGCUGUAAAACUGCAGUAUAAGGUUUUAUUCAUCAACUAUGAAAUUAUAAUGGUAUUUUAUCUCACGGAUCAGCUAUUUUUUUCCUCAAGUGAUAAAUGAGAGCAUAUUGAAAAAUGCAUCUUAUGUAUUCGAGUCCAUCUUCCUAAUAAAAACAUUUUCUCUUUGCACGGUGUCAUCUUCCCUCUCAAAUGGGCUUAGAUAAAAUGAAGUAUCACCUUUGAAGGUAACUGUGGCAGAGGU